AUGGUUUUAAGCAACCCUAGUUUCUAUCCUUUUGUGCACAAAUGCUUGAAGGGAGAGGCAUUGCGCCUCAAUCCUCUGCUCUCAGAGGCCGGCUCACGUCUUGGCGGCGGUGGUGAUGUUAACGGUGGUGUCGAUUCGUUCGCGUUGAGUGGACGACGCCAGGUUGAGGCGAACCGAGAAAAAGAGGGCGAUGUCGAAGAAGACUUGGAUGUGGACUCGGGGCGCGAAGGUGAGGCUGAUGUUUACGGCGACGGCGACGGCGAUGAUGACGAUGACGAUAACGAGGGCGAGGGCGAAGAAAGUAAGCGACGUUACACUUUGGUGCUGCGCGGCCUCCUGCCAGGUACCACCUACCUUGUUUUGGUGCGCGCGGUUUCACCGGCCGGGUCUGGCGACCGAGCGUUGGGCAGGCCAGUGAAAACAUGGCCCUCUCGUGAGUCGUAUUUUGGUCUACAUUUUAUUUUUUAUAUUUCUCAAUUUUCCCCUCUCAGUCGUCAUUCUAUCUCAUCUUCAGAUGGGGUUUUUUGUGCCUUUACUGGCACAUCACGUCUUGCCUUCGUCCAAUUUGCCUCAAAUAAGCUCAAAGUGUAG